GCUUAGUUCCACUUAGUCGAUUCACGUAUCCUCCAAAUGCCGUGUUCGUAGACCUUGCUAGUAUAAGCUUAAUGGAAUCUUGGACAAUCGCUUGGUUAACCUUUCAAAGAGUAUCGUCAUGUGGCAGGGUGAUAUGCACGGCGAGUCACGAGGUCACACCGAAAUGGAAUGGAAAUUGAAUUCAGGUCGAAAACUGGUACAGCGGCCGACACCACCGAGUGACCCUGGAGAUAAUGACAUCCAGCGAGUACCGCAACGAUCUCGGAAACGGAGCGCCGCUGCUCAAGUUGUGGAUAAGCGCCGCAGCGCAUCACACGUGUGCUGGUAUGACGGCUUCUGUGGAAUCAGCGAUUCCCACAUCGAUCCUUUUCUUUCAGGUGUACAGUUGUGUGCCCAGAAUUGGUCACGAACGCUCCAAAACCAGUCGGUACCAUUAGUUUCAAGAAUGACACCCGAAGUGUGGCUCUUGCCGAUUCAUCUUCUCUGAAUAGAAAAAGAAUAAGUUAAAUGUUUCUACACAUGUCGAAAACAGAAAACAUGGCAUUUGACCAGAAGCAUCUAUACCAUACAUAUUUCGACA